AUGCCCGCCUACACCUACCCCCCGCCCCAAGGCCAGCCCGGCGCGGAGCCCUACCGCUCGCCCCAGGGCGCCAACAUGAACCUGCCGCCGCUCAACCUGCCGCCCAUACGUGUCGACGGCCAGCAGCAGGUCCCGCAUCAGCAUCAGCAGCCAGGACAGCCCAUGGGCUCGCCGCUCCCGCCGCAGCAGCACGGCAUGCCGCAGUACUACGCCCAUCCAGGCCACCCGCCGCCCGGCCAGCCCAUGCCCAUGGGCUCGCAGCAUCUCGCGAUGCGCUACCAGCUGCCGCCCCAGCCCGGAGAGCAGAGGAUACUGUCGGGCGGGCGCCAUAAGAAGGAGAUCAAGCGGCGCACCAAGACGGGCUGCCUGACGUGUCGCAAGCGCAGAAUAAAGUGCGACGAAGCCCACCCUGUGUGUCGCAACUGCCAGAAAAGCAAGCGCGAGUGCAUGGGCUACGACCCUAUCUUCAAGCAACAACCGGGGCCCGCGAACCUCCAACCCGCUCCCAACACGGCGCAGCACCAGCCCUCUGUACCUGCCGCCUCCCCGCCGGCAUCCGCAUCUUCGCAAUACAGUCCACAGGUGCCCCAGGGCUACGCUCCCGCCUCUACUGUCGGCUACGCACCUGCUGCUUCGACGGCCAGCUCAACGCCCUCCCAUCACGACAACUUCAACAACCCUGCUAUCGACCCCGCGCUCGCUGCCACUGACCCUGCGAUGAAUGGACAGCCGCCCUACAACGGCGCGCAUGCGCUGCAGGCCGGGCUCCGAGGCAGUCCCUACUCGUCUGCCCCCCCGGAAGCACCGGUCCUCAAAGAGGUUCCACCGCGCCUUGGAGGUUUUCCUCACGAGCUCGAUGACGAGUUCUCUUACAUGUUCAGCAAGGACUACUGCCUAGGACUUGAUUCAAUGUUGGAGACGAACUGGUUCUCGGCAAAUAACAAUGCCAUAAGUCGGGUUUUCAGCGACCAGAAUCUCCACGAGGAAGCGCAUUUCUUCGUUGAAACUGUCAAGAUCAAGACUGGCGCCGCAGAUGUGAGCCAGGUAUUCAGCCAAGAAGCUCGCCUCAUCUGGCAUCUGCUGGGCACGUGCCGGAUACCAUCAAACAGCGCCAACGACAACGCCCCCAACGCUGAACACGAAGACUUAUCAUUAAAGGAGACGCGAGCUAGAUUUGAUGUUCUAGAGGCCCUUUUGACCAACCAGAUCCUGGAGGCGAACCCACUGCGUCAGCUUUCGUACCCCGGUGGGCUUUCGGAGGAGGAAAAUGACAAGUUCGUUUUCUGGGAUUCGCUUGGUGAAUUCGUAGUCCAUGCCAACGCUGAGGCUGUGGCAGAUGGAACUGCGGAAGUAUCGCUUACCAGGAUGCGAAAUGUUCUCAAAGCGCGAGAGGUCCGCGAUGCUAUCUAUUCCAUUGCUCUAGCACGACAAAUUGGCAACCGCGUCCGUGGCUUUCCCGAUGCAGUCGCCCAACCCCACACGCAUGAUCCGGAAAACGACGUCAAUAAGCUCACCGUCGCGAUGUCCUUCAUCAGCCAUGAGUGCCGAUCUGGGACUCAACAGGUCAUUGCUCGCGUUUGCGACAUGGCUUGCUUGUCCUGGAGGGUCAGCAGAAGCUCAUAG